AUGGAGAAAGCAUCAGCACUGAAAGACCAAGGAAACAAGGCACUGAGUGCAGGGAAGGUUGAUGAAGCUAUAAGAUGCUACACUGAAGCCAUUGAGCUUGAUCCCGCCAACCAUGUUCUCUUUAGUAAUCGAUCAGCUGCUUAUGCCAAGAAAGGGAACUAUGAGCCCGCUCUCCAGGAUGCCUGCCAAACCAUCAAGAUCAAGCCUGACUGGGGAAAAGGCUACUCCAGAAAGGCUGCAGCGCUGGAAUUUCUUGGGCGGCUAGAGGAGGCUAAAACAACGUAUCAAGAGGGUAUUCGACAUGAGCCAAAUAAUCAGCAGCUGAAGGAGGGUCUGCAGAAUAUAGAGGCCCGACUUGCAGAAAAGAAUAUGAUGAACCCGUUUGCUGUACCAAAUUUGUAUGAGAAGUUGGAAAACGAUUCGCGGACACGAGAUCUGUUGUCUCAACCAAGCUACAGAGAACUGCUUGAGCAACUUCGUAAUAAUCCCUCAACUCUUGGAAUGAAACUACAAGAUCCAAGAGUAAUGACUACACUUUCCGUGCUGCUCAAUCUGCCAGAUAUGGAAGAAGAUGAAGAACCCUCUCCUCCUCCACCUCCCAAACCCAAGGAAACUCAGCCCCCUCCUCCCAAAGCAGAAGACCUACCAGAAAACAAAAGAAAUGCCUUAAAAGAAAAAGAACUAGGAAAUGCUGCAUACAAAAAUAAGGAUUUUCAAACUGCUCUAAAACAUUAUGAGAGUGCUAUGAAACAAGAUCCAACUAAUAUGACAUAUCUCUCAAACCAAGCAGCUGUUUACUUUGAGAUGGGAGAAUUUGACAAGUGCAGAGAAAUAUGUGAAAAGGCCAUUGAUAUUGGAAGAGAGAACAGGGAGGACUACAGACAAAUAGCCAAGGCAUUGGCAAGAAUUGGCAAUUCUUAUUUCAAGCAGGAAAAGUACAAAGAAGCGGUUCAAUAUUUCAAUAAGAGUUUGACAGAGCAUCGUACGCCGGAUGUCCUUAAGAAGUGUCAACAGGCAGAGAAAAUUCUGAAAGAACAGGAGAAGCUAGCGUAUAUAAACCCUGAAUUGGCUUUGGAAGAGAAAAGUAAAGGAAAUGAAGCUUUCCAGAAAGGAGAUUACCCUGUCGCAAUGAAACAUUACAGUGAGGCCAUCAAGAGAAAUCCCAAUGAUGCCAAACUCUUCAGUAACAGAGCAGCAUGCUACACAAAGCUUGCAGAGUUUCAACUUGCUUUAAAGGAUUGUGAAGAGUGUAUCAGGCUCGAGCCAGCAUUCAUUAAGGGAUACACACGCAAAGGAGCAGCUUUGGAGGCGAUGAAAGAUUUUACCAAAGCAAUGGAUGUAUAUCAAAAAGCACUGGACCUUGACUCAACCUCAAAAGAAGCCAGUGAAGGCAUGCAGCGCUGUAUGAUGGGUCAGGCGGUGAGGAACGACACCCCAGAGGAAGUGAAGAAGAGGGCCAUGGGGGAUCCAGAGGUGCAGAAUAUAAUGAGCGACCCCACCAUGCGCCUGAUCCUCGAGCAAAUGCAGAAAGACCCACAGGCUCUCAGCGAACACCUGAAGAACCCUGGUAUUGCUCAAAAGAUUCAAAAACUCAUUGAUGUUGGACUGAUUGCCAUUCGUUGA